AUAUAUACUCCCCCACUGCACUCAGUCUGAAACUUAUAUCAAAAUCUCUAAUAUUUAACUCCUUAAUAAUUAUUCUAAGUAACUAAAGUUAAUUAAGACACUAGAGGCUCCGGCUGAGUUGCAUGGCAAGAGGUCGUAAUCCGACGGCGAUGAACCGGAGCGAUCGAUACCUUGGAAGCUACAGUUACGGUGACAGUCAGAGAACUUCCCUCAACGACGAACUAGAACUCGCCGAGGAAGACAUCUGGUCACCGGCAGUCAUUCACAACACGGAGACAGAAGAUUCAUACGGCGGCGGGUGGAACUUACGUGCUAGCUCGAUAAAAAGUGGGCGCGUGGGAGGACUCUCGCUGACUUUCAAGAGCUCUUCAAACGCGCCGUCGUCAUCUCCGAUGCUCGUGCAGCAGAUCCACGGCGGAGUAGGUGAAGGAGGAGGAAAAAUGAUGCGGAGUUUGGCGUCUUCAGCGCCGGUUAACGUGCCGGAUUGGAGUAAGAUAUACCGAGUCAACUUGGUUGAGUCGACACACGAGCUGGACGAUGAUGACGAGGAGGAGGAAUCAGGGGUGAUGCCGCCGCAUGAGUACCUUGCUAAGAGUCAAGCACGGCGGAGCAGGAAAAUGGGAGGCAGUGGGGCGUCGUUGUUGGAGGGUGUUGGAAGGACUCUCAAAGGCAGGGAACUAAGGCGUGUUCGUGAUGCAAUUUGGAGCCAAACAGGGUUCUACGGCUAAGAAAUUUAACAAAAUAUCAAUAUUCUAGAUUUCAGUUGAAAUCUGUUUUGGUAGUAUACAAGUAAUUUUGUAAAUUUGGAAGUUUUUUGUUUGCCUUUACGAGCCUAAAAAUUGAAGUUCCUCUUAUGACGUUGCCUAAAAUACAAAAAUCUUUUUGUCUUAUGUUAA